UGUUUAUCUGAACCAGGAAGAUAAAAAGAACAACAGAAAAAGAAAAAGCAGACCAGGAGCAAAACGAUAAGACACAGAUGACUUCGUUGUAGAAGGCGAUUGAACAAAUAGAACAUCUGCUUACAAUGAAGAAUCUCAGGGGAUCUGCAAGGAGUUUUGGAACAGCCAGAUCUGAUAGAGAGAGAGAGAGAGAGAGAGACGCUAGAUCAUGACUUAAGAAGCUGGAAAGAGAAGAAUGUUGUAUGUAUUCAACAUCAUUGUUCCUAGCAUUUGUGUCUGGCUCAAUUUAUGGAGUGGGAAGUGAAAAUAAUAUCCUGGAAGAAGGCAGUAGCCACACUGCUGCCAAGAUUACUUGGUGGACAGUCCAGGGUAAAAAUUGACUCGAAAGAAACUUGAGCUUUUCAUAGAUUUUAGCUUUUGUGGCCGCUAAAAUCGAUACCCAAAUGAGCAUAAACAAAAAUUCUGAAGACCAGUAAAAGUAGCCAUUUCUUGAAGGCAACCCAUGAACAAUGAUAAUUUAGAUAAGUUUUUGUCAAGCUGCUUCUCUUCAGCUUGGCCAACAAAACCUAGAGAUUCUAUAACUCCGAAGCAUUGUGUAGAACUUGGUUUGCUCCAGGAAAAGAUCAUUGUUUAUUGAACUCUGCAUAAUAGCAAUACAAUACAAGUAGUCCUCAUCUUACAACAGUUCAUUUAGUGACCGUUUGAACUUACAAGGGCACUGAAAAAAGUGACAGCAUUUUGCACGCUUACGACCUUUGCAGCAUCCCCAUGGUCACGUGAUUUACAUUCAGAUGCUUGACAGCUGACUCGUAUUUAUGACAGUUGCAGUGUCCCAGGGUCACGGGAUCCCCUUUUGCGACCUUCUGACAAGCAAAGUCAAUGGGGAAGCCAGAUUCACUUAACAACGGUGUUACUAAUUUAACCAACUGCAAGGAUGCAGUUAACAAAUGUGGCAAUACUCAUUUAACAAAAAUUUCUCACUUAACAACAUAAAUGUUGGGCUCAGUUGUGGUCAUAAGUUGAAGACUACCUGUAGACUUUCCUCAGUAGCUGGUAAGUGUGGAUAUGAGGAUUAACAGUUAGUCCAGCAUAUUGACAUGAUGAAAUUAAAUACGGUAGAUUUCUUCUAAUAUAUUGGGCAAGGUUUCUUCUAUGAGCCUUGGUGGCACAGUGGCUAGAGUGCAGUAUUGCAGGCUUACUGCUGCUGGCUGCCUGCAAUUUUGCAGUUCAAAUCCCACCAGGCUCAAGGUUGACUCAGCCGUCCAUUCUUCUGAGGUGGGUAUAAUGAGGACCCAGCUUGUUGGGGGCAAUAGGCUGACUCUGUAAACUGCUUAGAGAGGGCUGAAAAGCAGUGUAAAGCAGUAUAUAAGUCUAAGUACUAUUGCUAAGUGCUAUAUAUUGGUCAAGACAUCUGCAGAUAUAGUUUGGUUACAAUGCUGAAAUCCUUCUAAAAUUAUAAUAUCCAUGGUUUGAUAGCAAAAAACAAAAAAACCAUGGUUCCUAGAAGCACUGAAAUCUACAAGAUUAAUAUCAGGGUUAUCUUCCUAAAAAGGCAGGAUUAUCCCUGCUGACAUUUUGGUUUUGCCAUUGCUAUCACCUUAAUGUUACAUUUGUGUUCAAUACGCAGACCUUAAUGAACUUGUUCAACUGGGUAUCUUUCAGUUUAGAUCAGUGAUUUAUGUUUAAUAAGCCAGGUGGACUUCUUGCACAGCGUGGAAGUAAUCAGUCAUCAACAUCCACAAUUAAAUCUGUUUGUGUGCUAACUUUUGGUGGCAUGAGGACACCACAGUUUUCCUGUGCGCUGCUCCCACUAUCCAUCAAUGAGUUAAAUGCUUCAGCCUUGGCAAACAACUGAGUGUAGCUUUAAGAAAAGAACUUCCCCUUUCCCGGCUGCCCCAGCCAUACCCCCAAUCACAUGAUACCCCAGUCUUUGCUCAGUUGUUGGCAAACGCUGAAGUGUUUUUGGGAGCUCCUGGAUCCUAAUGUAUUUUUCCUCCUUUAAGUUGUACCUUCAGUUUUUUUCUCUUUCCCUUUCCUAGGGGCGAUUAGGCUUUUGGUUUAUUUUUGAUUACCUUCCUUUUCUACCAGGUUUAUUUUCAUCUUUCGUUGCUGGGAUCGGCGCUGUGAGAGCCGGCAGCGCUAAUCAGCUGGGCGGGGGGGCCGCCCACGUUAUCGCCCGGCGCCUUGCUUUUAAAAGGAGCAAGCCGGCUUCACCUCCCGGGUGCGGGACAGCCUCCGCAGCGCCGGAACACAGAGAUCCCGGCCAGAGCACAAAUCACCUGGAUUAGGCAGAGAGCAGCUGCGGAAAGCCCGGCUAGCCUUGCCAUCAGCCGCUACACUACAGAAAGGCUUAAAGCGACGGGUGCACAGUGCGGCAUCUGGUAGGACCCUCGGGCCACCAGUACAUCUUCUGGCACCCCAGCCUCGCGCCACGUGGCGCCCGCCAUUUUGACGGACCCUUGGGCCGCCAUCUUGGUGCAAGAGGCUUCUCCCUGACUGACCUUCCCCUGAGAUUAGGGGCCAGCAGUUCCAGUCGUUGGGGUUGCCUUCAUUCAGUGACCUCCGGGCUCUCAGCAACGGUUGUCAGCAUCGCCAGCUCUUUACCAUCGGGGCAAGCCAUGUCUGACUCUUCCUCCUCAUCGGAGCUGGAGCUGGAAUUGAGCCUGCCUCGCAAGGGGGCCAAAUCAGCCAAAAAGAGCAAUAGCAAAAGGUCUGGGCAUUCCAGCCGAAAGUCCAAGGCAAGCAAGGCGCAGCCUGUCCAGGAUAGGGACGCACUAAGACGCCAUAAUGUGCUGGAAAGACAGUGUGCCAAGGCACAGAGGACACUGGCUACGUCCUUGGCCAGGGAAGCUACUUCCCCCGCACCAGGGGAGCCAGACUCUGCCAUCGCAAGCCCGACGGAACUGGCUCAGACUCCAGUAACCCCGGCCCAGGCCCAGUCGGGCCCUCAGCCAAACGGCCCUCCCCUCUUGACCCCGGUCAGGCCUGAGCCCCUCUCGCCACCGGGGGCAGCACUCAUCUCACCAGGAACACAGGGGGGCCCUUGCCGGCUACGCAACUGGACUUUCAAGCCAUGUUUUCUUCGACUUUAUCCUCGUUCUUGGCUGCAGCUGGCAGCAGGUGUGACAACCACCCCCACACCCGUUCCCGGGUCAAGGGAUGCAGCAUCAGCCCCAGCCCCAAAGUCAGCCUCAUCAAGCAUGAGAAUCCUCUUCUGAUGACUCGGAUCAGGCUGAUGAGGGCCCGGAGGACGUGCAGUUCUCAGAAGACGAGGGACUGAUGCCAGACUCACCGGCCUUCACUGGCCUGUUCCGGCCGGCUUUCUUCAAGUCGCUGCUGCACAAAGCUCACCUCACGACCAACUUGGGAGUGCCCGGGGAGGUCAGGACAUCAUCGCCUGCUACAGUGGGGCCCCACAAUGCCCUCUUCAAAUCCUCUAAACCAGAAAAGGACUGUAUACCUUGUCCACAAUUGUUCACUGACGUGAUCCAGAACUCCUGGGGACAACCAGCCUCCCUGACAACACCCAGUAGCUUGGACAAAAAACUGUAUUGUUCAGCUCCUGAACUGGAUGACCUACUAACGCUUCCAGCAGUUGACCAGCCAGUCACGUCUCUAUCAUCCGCCUCGGUCAUCUCCACGGACGCGCUAGAUGGCCUUAAGGCAGAGGACAAAAGGACGGAGUGGGCAUUCCGCAAGGCACACCAGGAGGCAGCCUGGGCGAUCAGAACUUCUACCGCCAUGUCCUUCUUCAGCAGAGCGGCCCUCAUCUGGCUCCGCCAGAUGCAAGAGAGGCUUCCACCGGAGGACACCAGACUGCAGCAAGACAUAAAUAAAAUAUUUGCUGCUACCAAAUACGCCUCCGAUGCCUCCCUAAACUCGGCAAAGUUUGCAUCAAGAACCUUAGCCUCCACCGUCACGGCGAGGAGACUUUUUUGGCUAUGCCCCUGGAAGGCAGACCUCAAAGCUAAGUGGAAGCUGGCCGCAGCCCCGUACAAGGCACCUGAUCUCUUUGGGGAGGCACUUGAACCAGUCCUAGUCGAAGACAAGGACAAAAGGAAAGUACUUCCUUCGUCUCACCGUCACCAGGAAAGGAGGUACUCACCUUACCCCCUACAACAGCCCUUUCGUACCGGCGCAGGGCCCAGGGGGUCCUUUCCACACCGCUCUAACUACCAAGGCAGCAACUGGGCCCAGGAUAGACAACAGUUCCGCGACAGAGGCAGGAACCAGCAGUCCAAACGUCCAUUCCGUGGAGCCGGUUCCAAAGCCACCAGGAGGGGGAAGUGACUCCCAAGCCGGGGGCCCCAUUGGCGGAAGACUCCUCCUAUUCCAAUGUCAGUGGUCCCGGUCGACCUUGGACUCGUGGGUAAGGCGCACAACUUCAUCUGGACUAUCCAUCGAAUUUUCAGGUCCGCCACCUCAUCGCUUCAUGAGAUGCCCAAUCCCGCAGUCCAGCAAACUUCAGGGUCUAAUGGCCCAGGAACUGACCCAUCUCUUGGAGGUCAGAGCCAUAGAACCGGUCCCACAGAAUCACCAAGGUUCGGGGUUCUAUUCCAGCCUCUUCCUGGUGCCAAAGAACUCCGGUGGUUGGAGGGGCAUCCUCAACUUAAAACGUCUGAACCGGUCCGUUCAAUACCGCAGGUUCAAGAUGCACUCGCUCAAAUCCAUCUUGACAGGGGUGAGACAAGGAGACCUUCUCCAGUCAGUAGACCUUUGAGAGGCCUACCUACACGCAUCCAUCCACCCACGUUGGAAGGGGAGGAGGAACCAUUGGAGCGCCCUCGAGUGUCUAGGUGCCCACGGUACAAUGCCGAAGCAAGAGACCAUCUUUCCUAGGAGGCAGGACAGAUGAAUAAGAGGAACCUUCUUCCUUGUCAGUGUCUGCUGAACCAGAUCUUGGAUGCUCUGGACUCUGUCCGGUGACAAGAAAACCUGUCCCUUGAUCGAGUCUAUCACUGCCCCCAAGUGGAGAAUUUGAGUGGCUCUUCUCGAAAUGGAUUGUAAAGCCGUGGCUUUGGAAUGUUUCCAGGACCAAUUCCAAAUCUCUGACCGCUUGGUUGUGUGAUGAGAGGAUCAGAAUGUCGUCUAAGUAGCAUGCAUUAAAGGUUUCCUACAUGGGGCCACGAACCUACGCCCUCCUACGGUGCACCGUUACCCGUCUUGGGAUCUAUCCCUGGUACUCCGGACAAUGAUGGGCCCUCCAUUUGAGCCAUUAGGAUCUGUUGCCCUCAAGUACCUGGCCUUCAAGGUGACCUUUCUCCUGGCAAUCACCUUGGCACGGAGGGUCUCAGAAAUCGCUGCACUUUCCAUCCAUAAGGACCUUUGCAUAUUCCGAGAUUCGUCGGUGAUUCUACGCCUGGAUCCCACCUUCAUACCAAAGGUGAACACGUUUCACAGGGCCCAGGAACUCAUCUUACUGGAUUUCUGUCCAUCGCCUCAGGACCACAGGGAGAAGCACACUCUUGGCACACUCUUGACGUCUGGCGAGCGUUACGACUGUAUAUACGCAGGACUGCAAGCUUUCGCCACACAGAAGCCCUCCUGGUGUCGUUCAACCCGGCUUCCAUGGGCCAGAAGGUCUCGGCUUCCACGGUCAGCAGAUGGAUCAAGGCCUGCAUUGAGCUAGCGUAUGAACUGAACUCCAGACCACUACUUGGCAAGAUCCUACCCCACUCUACACAUAGCGCAGCCUGGGCUACUCAAGCAUCCGUAGCAGACAUUUGCAGAGUGGCGACCUGGUCUUCGCUGUCCCCGUUCAUUCGCCACUACAGGAUCGACGCCUUUGACUCAGCCGAGGCGUCCUUUGGCCGCAGGGUACUCCAACGAGUCGUGGUGGAUGAGGACACGUUCAGGUAAAACAACGUCCGUUCUCAGGACAGACAGAACUGUUAUGCAAAUCCAGGCCACAUACCUUGCAAUGAAGGAAGGAAAACAAAGAGGAAAAGAAAAGGAGGGAGAGAGGAAGGAAGGAAAUGGGGAUGAGUGAGAAGAGGGAAGGAAGGAAGGAAAUGGGGCUGAGCGAGUGAGGAGGGAAGGAAGGAAGGAAGGAAGGAAGGAAGGAAGGAAGGAAGGAAGGAAGGAAAAGACUAUUUUGAUCACUUUUAAAAAAAUAAUGAAAACAAGAAUCUACUUCCUUUGAUAUGAAAACAUUAUCCCCAGAGGUUGAUAAAGAUCUGUGACAUUUUACAUACACCCCUUGCUUUCUUUUCCUGAAGUGCUGUUAACUGCUGAUUUCUUACUUCAAAUUGAAUGGAUUUUAUUGUUUGUUUCUGGGUGGAAACUUUUUUCCUUCUUUAGGCUUACCAAGCCAAGCCAAGCCCUGCAAACAAAGACUGUUGUGUUAGUCUCAUCUGAACUUCUUCAUUCUUGCCUGAGCAGUUGCAAGGAGAACACAUCCUUUUAUUUACAAUGGAGAGGCAUCCAAUUCCCUGUUGAAAGAACAGAUGGCACACAAGUCAUUUUAAUUUGGGAAAAUUCCUCCUCUAAUCUGCCAGAAAGAAAUAGUGAUUAAAUAAACACUCAACGGUCCCUGGCACUUUCCAAGUUUCAUUUGAAAAUGUGAGUGAAAUGUGAAAUCAGUCAUUUGUUUAUUCCCCAAAGGGCCCUCUCUGAACCCCAUUGUCUGAUUUCAGCUUCCGUGCCUUCCAGCAACACAGCAGAGGUCCCAGGCAAGGUCAGUGCCCAAAGGCAGUCUAGAAGAUCGUUUUCCCCUGCCUGUUGAUCUUUCAAAUAAUUGUUCUCUUCCCCACCUUCUUGGAGCCAAGAGAAAUGAAUGUAACGAAUUAGGGAAAUCUCUUUUGAGGCUCAAAUAACUUCAUUCUACAUGAUGGGGAGAGAUGGUGGUGAUAAGUGAAAUAAUGACUUAGUUAACUGGAUUUAAUUUUCUCACCGCAGACUAUUUCUCUCCAUCUCAAUCUGCUGUUCCUGACAAAAUUCUCUUCCAAGGACAAUUCAGGCCAUAAUUCUGGAUCCAUCAAAUGAAUCCACCGGCUUUCUUCAGCCUUGACACAUUUUCGUACCCAUUUGGAUCGUUAUGGAUGAUUGUUGGAUCCUUAUCCUACGGUUGUACUCUAAAAAGGAGCUGGAGACUCACAGAGAAUUACAGUCCCAUCACAGAGUGAGCCAGAAGAGUCAAUUGCUUUGAACUCCAACCUAUGUCCCCUGAGCAUUGAAAGGCUACCCAUCCUAAAGAUAGGAUUUCUCCUCCUCUCUUCUACAACCCAAUGUCUGGCUCUUAAGAUAGCAAUGAUGGAACCAGGAGCAAAAAAAGCAAGAAGAAAAAAAGAAAAGCCUCCCUUCCCAGGCUCACUUUGCUAACCAUCCUGUACAAUUUAUGUAAUGUCUUGGCAUUAAAUUGAGAAAAUUUGGAGGCAAAUAUAUAGGCCAAGAGAUUUUCAGAUAUAGUUUGGUUACAAUGCUGAAAUCCUUCUAAAAUUAUAAUAUCCAUGGUUUGAUAGCAAAAAAAAAAAAAAAAAUCAAGGUUCCUAGGAGCACUGACAUCUACAAGAUGAAUAUCAGGCAAUGGUUCCUACAAAGGCAGGAUUAUCCCUGCUGACAUUUUGGUUCUGUCAUUGCGCUCACCUUGAUGUUACAUUUGAGUUCAAUGCACAGGCCCUAAUGAAUGUAGUCAGUGUGACUUUUUAAACAUUCUUCAAUGUGGUCUCCUAUCUUGAGCAGGCAACCCCAAGUUUCUUCCAAUUGAUCCUCGUCAGUGAUACUUGAUGGACUAUCCAAGUUUUUCAGGGCAUUCUUAAUGGGCCUCAUCAGCUCUUUGCAUUUGGAGGAAAGAAAAAGCAAAGCUCCGCAUUAGUCGCACAUUAGAAGUAAGGCAGAGGAAAGGGAAACCCCGAUUGAGCCCAUUUGAAUUUGGGGGAAGGGAUCUGCUAUGGGCACCCUCUCAAAAUGGCAGACACAGGAUUCUUCAAAGAAACAUCUGGAGCCACAUAGUAUCAAGCCCCAGUUUGCUGGGCAAGACCAAGGAAGCGAAAGCUAUCCAAAUUUCAGGAUGGGAUUUAACGCUCAUCUGGCAUAGCCAUAAAAUCUUGGAGAUCGUGCAAGAGAUCUCCCAUCUUUCUUGAGGUGAAGGAAUGAUAAUUUUCUUUUGAUCCAGAGUGUGACAGUAGCAGUGUCCUGUGGUCAUACAAUCCCCUUUUGCGACCUUCUGUCAAAGGGGAAGCCAGAUUCACUUAACAACCAGGUUAUUAAUUUAACAACUGCAAUUACUCACUUAACAACGGUAGUAAGAAAGGUCGUAAAAUGGGGGCAAAACUCACCUAAUUUCCCAUUUAACAAACAAGAGAUUUCCCAUCUUUCUUUAGGUGAAUUCAUUAAUGAUAUUUUUGUUUUGAUCCAGAGUAACUGAUUAUUUUAUUAUAUAGGUAGCCCUCAACUUACAACAGCUCAUUUAGCGACCAUUCGAAACUACAAGACUCAUAGUGUUGAAAGUUGCCUGGUCCAAUUCAUCCUCUUUGAUGGGCACAGGCUGACUUCCUGCGGUAGGGAUCCCAGGCUGUUGAAAGACAAGAGCAGAGAGCAUCCCUCAUGAAACAGCCCAGCAUGGGAAGCCACAGAUGCGUCAAUAAGGAAAUGGAAGCAGAUGGACAAAUUGCUGUUGCCAAAGUCAGCUAUUGCAAUAGCAGAGACAAAUGGUUGAUAGUCAGUGGGGCAAGUCAAACAAUUGUUAAUAAUUGUAAAUUGUUUUACAGGAUGGAUGCAGCUGCUGGAGAUGCAGUAGCCUUCACAAAUGGCCAGAAGGCAAAAGUUGGAAGAGGCAGUAUGCAAAUUCCAUAUCUGGAAAAGAGGUUCAAUGAUAUAUUAUGCGUGCCUGAAAUGGAGCAUAAUUUGCUGAGUGUCUCUAGUUUAGACAAGCAAGGAUUUGAGACUACAUUUGCAAAUGGGAGGUGUCUCAUAAAGCAAAACAGGAAUGUAUAUGCACAGGAUAAAGCAGGAUAAUUUUUAUGUGUUGCAGGGACAAAAGAUUCAAUGUACCCUAACAUUUGGAAAUGUGGCACAGCAUGAUUCAUGUGUUCAUCUCUUGCACAGAAAGUUUGGCCAUGCCAGCUUCAGAGUUUUGCAAAAGAUGGACCAGUUUGGAGAAGGAUUGAAGUUAAAGAGAUGUAAAACUGCAAUAUGUAAGUCAUCAAAGUCCAAGGCAUUCCCAGUGAGCAAAAGUAGCACAAGGAAGACAACAAGAGUUCUAGAACUAAUACAUGCAGAUUUGGUUGGGCCAAUGCAAGCCAGUUUGGGAGGAACAAAGUAUGUGCUGGUCAUUGUAGAUGACUACAGCAGGUUUGGUUUCUGCUAUUUACUAAAGAGUAAAACAGAGGUACUACAGAAAUGUAAGCAAUGGGUAAGCUUUGUAGAAAGGAGAUAUGAACAACAGGUAUGUCAGCUGCAGACUGACAGAGGUUCAGAAUUCAAGUCAGCAAAUUUUCAACUGGUUGGGACAGUUAGGAAUAACACAGAUGCACGAAUCCAUACACAGCAGGUGAGAAUGGUGUAGUUGAGAGAUGGAAUGGAGUCUUACAAACCAUGAAGGAUUCACUGCUGGAGGAUUCUGGUCUGAGCAGGUCAUUGGGGUGAAGCUAUGUUGAUUGCUAAUUAUUUAAUUAAUAGACUGGAGUUCAUCAAUUAAUGAUACUCCCAUGUGCUCUGUGUACAUAAAAAGAUAAGAUACAUUUGUCAGGAAUCAUAAGGUACAACACUUAAUGAUAGUCAUAGGGUGCAAAUAAGCAAUCAAAUCAUACUAGGAAACAAUAUCAAUGUAAAUCAUAAGGAUACAAGCGACAAAGUUACAGUCAUGCAGUCAUAAAUUCAUUUUUUCAGUCUGUUAUAAUUUCAAUUAUGGGUGGAGAAGGAAUAAACAUAAAAGAGAGGGGCUUGUUUAGAAUCAUCCAGCUGGCUUUGUGCCCAAGGCAGGACUAGAACUCACAAUCUCCCGGUUUCUAGCCUGGUGCCUUAACUAGGAGAUCAAACCUACUCUGUGUUUUAUGCAUAAAAUCAAUGCAGAAAAACUUGCUUGUCAAGUGGCAGAACCAGUAAUCCCCACAUCUGAUGCCACCGCUUCCUAAAGAAGUUCUUUUUGCAAGCGUUAUAAUUUGGGGUUGCAUCUGUAAAACAUUGACGUGUGUGAAAUUCCUUGUACCUUGUCGGUGAGUUUCAGUUCUGGGUCUGACUUGAUGAGCUCCCAGUUCUCACAUCUGUGCUUAUAAAUCCCACACAGCAAGAAAGAGUCUGGUUGUCUGCGGUAAUUGCGUUCACUGUUGUACUGAUGAUAGGUGAGUUUAUGAGAAAGGUUGCUGGGCUGGGAGUUUCCUGAGUUUCCUGAGCUCUGAUACCUUUCUCUCUGCGCCUGGCGAUCCGUGUACCAGUGAUCCCUCUGCCGAGGGGGGAAGGAAGGGACGGAGAGAGAGAGAGAGAUUGAAGAUUUGGUGGGCAGGCAAAUCACCUUCUCCAUGCUUCCUGAUCCACUUGACCUUUCGAAGCAUCUUCGAUGUGGUCCCCUAUGUUUAGGAGGCAAUCCCGAGUUUCCUCCAGCUGGUUCUCAUCGGUCAUGGAUUCAGGGUUAUCCAGGUGCUUCAAGGACUUCUUGACGGGCCCCAUCAGCUCUUUGCACUUGGAAGAGAG